AUGGAAGAUCGGAUGGAACCUUGCGUCGGCACUGUCGUGACGUGGUUCGUCUCUGCACGCCGCUGGACAGCCGGUGACGGGAUGGAUCUCCACAUCGACAUCGCCUUGACGCGCCCACCUACGCCGUCGGAGACCGCCGCUUACGGCGAAUUCGAGUCGCUCUCCACUACAACCCGAAGUCGUGGUCCCAUAGUGGAGGUCGGCCGUGCCACAACGGCACAUGGGCAGCCCGAUACAGGGGCGGCACUGUCAGCCCCCACGAGGGGAAGGGCCUAGAAAAGGUGGCCUAAACAUUGCUGGGUACCACGCCGUCUCCAGGCUAGCCAGGACCGCAGACGUCUUAUCAUGGUCGAAACAAUCAAAAUCGAAACAACAACAAUACCAAUAACAACAACAACCAUACUCAUUCUCCUCAUCCUACCUCUUCUUCCUCUUCCUCUGCCUAUUCUUCUGCCUAUUCUUCUCCUUCGUCACCUUCUUCUCCAUCUUCUUCCCGUCGCCCCACUCGUUGUCACCAGACUGGCAGGGUGAGCCCACUCACUCUGGCAGCCUGGAAUGUUCGUUCCCUUUUAGACAAUCCGAGGAGCAACCGACCGGAACGGAGGACGGCACUAGUGGCACGAGAAUUGGCGCGCUACAAAGUGGACAUCGCUGCACUCAGCGAGACCCGUUUCUCCGAACAAGGCCAACUGAAGGAGGUGGGUGUCGGCUACACCUUCUUCUGGAGCGGUCGACCCAGGGCAGAGCGACGGGACGCGGGUGUUGCCUUCGCCAUUCGGAACGACAUCGUGGGACGACUGCCCUGUUUGCCGCAGGGCAUCAACGAUCGCCUGAUGAGCCUCCGCCUGCCUCUCUGGGGAGGCAAAUUCGCCACCAUCAUCAGCGCCUACGCUCCGACGAUGACCAACCCCGACGCCGUCAGAGACAAAUUCUACGAGGACCUGCACGCCCUCUUGGCGACUGUGUCGAAGGCGGACAAGUUGAUUGUCCUUGGUGACUUCAACGCCCGCGUCGGCACAGACCAUACUGCCUGGAGAGGAGUGCUGGGUGCCCACGGUCUCCGCGGCUCAAACGACAGUGGUCUGCUGCUUCUCCGCACCUGCGCAGAACUCCGCCUCAUCCUGACGAACACGUUCUUCUGUCUGCCGGAGCGAGAGAAGGCCACCUGGAGGCAUCCUCGGUCGCGUCAGUGGCACCUACUGGAUUACGUCCUCGUCCGGAGGCGAGAUCAGCGGGACGUGCUGGUGACGAAGGCGAUCGCGGGUGCUGACGGGUGGACCGAACAUCGCCUCGUCAUCUCGAAGAUGCGUAUUCGCCUACAGCCUUGCAGGAGACCACAAGGUAAGCGACCCCCAGGUAAGCUGAAUGUUGCCUUGUUGUCUUUGCCCGCUCACCAUCUUCAUUUCAGCAGUGAGCUAGCUCAAAAGCUAGUCAACCUUCCUAUCGCUGCCGACGACGACGCCGCCGCUGCCGAGAACGCCUCCGUGGAGAACCGCUGGUGUCAACUGCGAGACACGGUCCAGUCGACGGCGCUCGCCGUCCUCGGUCGCGCUCCCCGCCAACACCUGGACUGGUUCGACGACAACGACGCCGCCAUCAGAAAUCUGCUAGCUGAGAAGAACCGCCUACACAAAGCCUACGUAGAUCACCCCACUGAUGCCACCAAAGCUGCCUUCUACCGCAGUCGCCGCCAACUUCAGCAACGACUGCGCGAGAUGCAGGACGCCUGGACUGCUCGCAAAGCUGAGGAGAUCCAAGGGUACGCGGACCGCAACGAAUGGAAGAACUUCUUCUCUGCGAUCAAAGCUGUCUACGGUCCGCCGACGAAGGGCACUGCUCCUCUCCUCAGCGCCGACGGCAACACUCUCCUGACUGAGAAGGACGCAAAUCCUACAGCGAUGGGCCGAGCAUUUCCGAGGCGUCCUCAACCGCCCCUCCGUCAUCUCCGACGCCGCCAUCGAGCGUUUGCCGCAAGUGGAGACCAACGUGGACCUCGACCUCCCGCCAUCUCUCCAGGAGGCCAUCAGGGCCGUGCAGCAGCUUUCCAGCGGGAAAGUACCCGGAUCGGACGCGAUCCCUGCUGA